AUGGCUGCAGGUGAUUUGGCAGCAGGAUUCAUCUUAUUAUCACAGACAGUAGUUGGAAUGCUGGGGAAUUUCUCUCUUCUUUACCAUUAUCUCUUCCUGUAUUGCACUGGAUAUAGGCUGAGGACCGUCGAUUUGAUUGUGAAGAACCUGACUGUAGGUAACAUCUUGGUUCUGUUCGCUGCUGGAUUCCACAGUACAAUGACAAAUUUUGGGUGGAAUCAUCUCAACAGUGGAUCUGCAUGCAGAUUUUUUGCAUAUGUUCGUGGAGUGGGCAGGGGAACAUAUGGCAUCACCUGCAUCUUGAGUGUCUUCCAGGCCAUCACGAUCAGCCCCAGGAACUCCAGGUGGGCAAAGCUUAAAGUGCAAGCUCUCAAGUUCAUUGUCCCUUCAAUUUUCCUGUGCUGGAUCCUGAACCUGCUGGUAAAUCUAAAUUAUCCUAUUUUUGUGACUCGAAUAAUGAACAACAAAAGCAUCACUAAUAGAAAAAGUUUCAGACAUUGUACUGCUAUUCAUCAUGAUCGUUCUGGAGACAUAUUUAUAGCAAUGAUGUUCUUCCCUGUUGUGUUGUGCUUUCUGCUCAUGAUCUGGACCAGUGGCUCCACAGUUUUCAUCCUUUACAGGCACAAGCAGAGGGUCCAAAACUUUCAUAGAAUCAGUGUCUCCUCCAUAUCCUCUGGUGAGUCCAGAGCCACCAAAACCAUUCUUCUCCUGGUGAGCAUCUUUGUUAUUUUUAACACUCUUUCCUCCAUCUCUUAUAUUGUUUUGGGUCUUUUGAACAAUCCUAGUUUGUUCAUUUCAACCAUGUCGUCAAUAAUCACUUCAUAUUUCCCAACUGUCAGUCCCUUUUUGCUCAUGAGUCGUGACCCCACAAUAUCCAGGCUCUGCUUUGCUGGGAAGAGGAAUACAAACGCCCCUACCCUUAUGAGAAAGAUGUAA